UGAAUUGACAUUCAAGUGACAUUCGGGAUUUUCAACCUUUUCGCAGCUUCGGAACUCGGGCGGCGACUAAAAUCCGUUUUUCGGCCGAAAAUGUUCUAAAUUUUGCGUCCAAACGCAACGUCCGGUGUGUGCGCAAGUGUCCCGCAGCUGAAGAGUGUGAAAUCGGUCCGCGGGGCGUCGGUUCCGGCGUGGAAAAGUCGAGUUUAAGUUUACCCACUUUCGUUCCGUCUCUUGGGGAAGUUUUGGUAGGUCUGCUUGGAGGUUCCAGGGGACACAUUUCGGCAGCGAAAUGAGAAGUCGCAGCAAUUCCGGGGUCCGGCUGGACUACUACCAGCGGAUCGUGCACCGGUUGAUUAUGUCCCAUCAGCAGCCAGUAACGGGACUUUUUCCUGCAAGUCCGCACAACCAGCAUGCAUGGAUCCGAGACAACGUGUACUGCAUUCUGGCCGUGUGGGGUCUCUCGAUGGCGUACAAAAAGAUCGCCGACCAGGACGAGGAUCGGGCCAAAGCGUACGAACUGGAGCAGUGCUGCGUGAAGCUGAUGCGUGGCCUGCUGAUGGCCAUGAUGAACCAGAAGGACAAGGUCGAGCGCUUCAAGACGACGCAGAAUCCGCUCGAUUCACUGCACGCCAAGUACUCGAGCAAGAACGGCCAGCCCGUGGUGGGCGAUGACGAGUGGGGCCACCUGCAGAUCGAUGCCAUCUCGUUGUACCUGCUGAUCCUGGCCCAGAUGACGGCUUCCGGGCUACAGAUUGUGUUUUCGCUUGACGAAGUUUCGUUCAUUCAGAAUUUGGUGUUUUACAUCGAAUCCGCGUACUGCAUUCCGGAUUACGGCAUCUGGGAACGGGGAGACAAGUCCAACCAUGGCCAGACCGAGCUGAACGCGAGCUCGAUUGGAAUGGCCAAGGCCGCACUGGAAGCGAUGAACGAGCUGGAUUUGUUCGGCGCACGCGGUGGAUCGGGCAGCGUGAUUCACGUACUCGCGGAUGAGGCCCACAAGUGCCAGGCGGUUCUGCAGUCCAUGUUGCCCCGUGAAUCCAACAGCAAGGAGUUGGACGCCGGGCUGUUGUCUGUUAUUGGCUUUCCGGCGUUCGCCUGCGAUGAUCCGCAGUUGAUCGAGUCCACCCAGAAUGCAAUCGUGAACCGUCUUCAGGGACGUUACGGAUGCAAGCGGUUCCUCCGAGACGGUUACAACACUCCCAAGGAGGACAAAACCCGGCUGUACUACGAACGCUGGGAGUUGCGCAUGUUCGAAAACAUCGAAAGCGAGUGGCCACUGUUCUUUUGCUAUCUGAUUCUGAACAAGGCCUUCCAAACGGACAAGGAUUCCGUUUCGGAGUACUCGCAAAAGUUGGAGGAGAUUCUUGUGAAAACGGAGGAGGGUAUCCGGUUGGUUCCGGAACUGUACGCCGUCCCAGGUGAGGUCGUCGGAGCGGAGUAUCAAAAUCCGGGUUCUCAACAGCGAAUGGCCGUGGGACGGUGCCCGUUCUUGUGGGGACAGUCGUUAUACAUCUUGGGAAAGCUGCUGCAGGAGGGUUUCCUGGCCGUUGGCGAGCUAGAUCCACUGAAUCGUCGCCUCGGCGCCCAAAAGAAACCGGACGUCGUCGUCCAAGUGGUCAUCCUGGCCGAGGACAACUACAUCCGUGACAAGCUAGCCGAGCACGGCAUUCACGUCCAAACGAUCGCCGACGUAGCUCCGAUCGAGGUUCAACCGGCGCGUGUCCUCAGUCAUCUCUACACCUACCUCGGCCGCAACAAGAAGCUUGGCCUCAGCGGUCGCAAGUCUCGCGACGUGGGCAUUCUCAGCACCAGCAAGCUGUACUCGCUCAAGGAUCGCAUCUUUGCCUUCACUCCUCAGAUCUUUGACCAUGACGAGUACUACAUGUCCCGCGAUCCGGCCUUGCUGGUCAGCAAUUUUAUGGACAUCCUAGGGUUCCUCAGCAUUAGCUGGCGCCAUCUGCUUGGUCGGCCCACGAUCACACUGACCGCCACUCACUGGCUUAUAGACAACAAUAAAGUGCCGCUGGCGAUGAUCCAAACGAUGAAAAAGCUCAAGUCGGGCUACAUCAACGGCACCCGGGUGAUCCUGGGCAACUUGGGUGACUUUAUCAACACGUCGGCGAUCACGGAUUUGAGUUUCCUGGGUAGCCAGGAGGAUGGAUAUCCGGAUAAAUUGAAUCCCCAGGUGCAGUCCUAUCUGGAGGAACAUUUGCUGCGAUCAUUCACUCAUCGAGCUUCCGUUAGCUCCGUUAGAUCUUCCGGGCUGCGACCGAAGAAUCUGCGCCGCCGGAUGUCCGUCAAGGGUGCCAUCAAGAAGACCCGUUCGAUCAAUGUCGACUCGGAAACCCUCGGCAUGGAGGGCAAUGUCACCGAGCGGCGUCUGUCCCACUCGGUCACUCCGACCUGGCUCGAGCCGAACCAGGAGGGCACGGUCACGUUGGCCAUCUCGCGGGACCCCUCGCCGAACAACCAGCCGCAGCAGGCGGGUGGACCGACGGUAGCCGGUACAGGUCGCUACGAGCAGCGCAUGUCCAUCGACGACGGCAAGAAGCUGCACAUCCAGACGUCGGCCACGACAGCUACGCCGAAGAUCCAGAUUCAACCGCUGCCCCGGCAUCGUCCCGCUACGGAGACCAACUUCGAAAACACCGAGGUGGAGGAGCUGAUCGCGAUGCUGCGCGAGACGGAAAAUCUGGAAGAGCAGGGUGACAUCCUGCAGCACCUGGUGGACACGCAGGGGCUGGACUUUAACACCGAACUCGGUGGCCCUAAUGAUGAUUCCCAAUCCCAAGGCAUGCUGGAGGAGGGUCGCGUCGUGACGGUUCGCGGCCUGCUCAAGGGUCUGUACGAGAAGGCCUGCCAGCAAAAGAUGUGGGGCCUGGUGCGUCACACGGCCGGAAUGCUCGGCAAGCGCGUCGAAGAUUUGGCCAAGGCCGUCACCGAUUUGCUCGUGCGGCAGAAGCAGGUCACCGUCGGAAUGCCGCCCAACAGCGAGUACACCAUAACGGCUCCGCUUCCGGAAGCGGAACUCCGUACCCUGAUCCACGAAGCGUACGGAGACGACGAGAGUACGGCCAUGUUGACCCAGGAGCUGCUCGUCUAUCUGGCCAUGUUUAUCCGGACGGAGCCCCAACUGUUCCACGAAAUGCUUCGCCUCCGGGUCGGUCUCAUCAUCCAGGUGAUGGCCAAGGAGCUGUCCCGGACGUUGAACUGCGACGGCGAGCAGGCGUCGGAACACUUGCUGAAUCUGAGCCCGUUCGAGAUGAAGAAUCUGCUGCAUCACAUCCUCAGCGGCAAGGAGUUUGCCAUCAACAGUGUCGCGCGCGGUAACAUUUCGAUCGUGAGCUGCAAAUCGAGCCGCGUCAGCAAGAAGAGCCAGAUCGGGCUCGGCAAGCCGGAACCGGACGAGGCGGAAAGUUCGAUGAUCGACGACCGCCAGGGGCAGUGGCUGCGCCGGCGGCGGUUGGACGGAGCGCUGAACCGGGUGCCGAGGGACUUUUACCCGCGCGUUUGGACCGUGCUGGAACGCUGCCAGGGGCUGGCCAUCGAAGGGCGCGUCCUGCCGCAGAGUUUGACCCAGGAGAUGACGCCGAACGAGCUGAAGUUUGCACUGGAGGUCGAGACCGCCCUCAACACCAUCCCCCAGCCCGAGUACCGCCAGCUGGUCGUCGAAGCCCUGAUGGUUCUCACCCUCGUAACGGAGCACAACAUUAUCGCAUCGCUCGGUGACAUCAUCUACGUCGAGCAUCUCGUCCACAAGGCGAACCAGCUCUUCCUCGAGGAUCAGCGCAAAGUCAAGGGCGACGCGAUGCUGUGCUGCGCCAAGAACAAGGACAUCCGCGAGACGACGACCGCCGGGCUGUUGCUGUGCGGUGGAGCGGCCUACAUCUGCCAGCAUCUGUACGAUUCGGCACCGAGCGGCAGCUACGGCACCAUGACGUACAUCGCCAGGGCGGUGGCAUCGGUGCUCGAGGGACUGCCCAAAACCGGCGACAUGGAUUGCACCAUUUGUUAGGAGAGCGCCAUCUAAUUUAGGGAAAGUUGCAUGCGUUUCCUAGAAAUUAGUGGUGCAACCAUAAAUUACACUAAUUGUUAGGUAAAUGUGCUUACCCAAAAACAAAACAUAAAAAAAAACACCACAAAAUGAAUAAUAUCUAACCCAAAAAAACAAAACAAAAAAAAUCUUGCAAGUAGUUAAAAGUGAUUUGUUUUAAUUUUACAAUAGAUAGAUAUUACUCAAAACAUAAUCCAAGUAGCCUUUGAGAAACCCUGAUCGUGAUUUAGUCGUCCACACAACACAAACACACUAACAUGACAAACCCGUAAUCGUUGUUUGUUCUUUUUUUAUAUAAACAUAUUUUUUCAUUAGAAUUUAUAAACACUACGUUAGACUUUCUUGUCACUAUUUUACUAUUCGUUUUGAUUAGUAUUAUUUAGAUCGAAAAACUACCAUUCUCUCUUUUUGGUCUAGUGUUGUUUUGGAUUAAUAGUUUAGAGGACUAUGAAUAAGUUUAAUCUGGCAGUUUACUCACACAAGCAACAAAAAAAAAA